CUGCCAACCGAUACUAGGACGUUAUUCAUAGGAUGAGAGAGAAGGACGAAAAACAUACCUCGAUCAGCCAAGAUAUCUGGGAUUCCUGGAAGGCCGUCUGGGCGUCAGAGGACGAGAAGAAGAAGUCCGAUGUAGCUCGCGCUAAUAGGAUGAGCGAGCCUGCUGGAGCUGGUUCCGGACCAGUACGCCAUACAGGGGGAUCCCGUUCCGCCAUCCGACAUAUGGAUGUGUUGGCUGAAGAGCUCGGCCGCAAGCCUACCGCAACGGAGCUGUAUACUCGGAUGCACUCCACGAAAGCUGAUAAGGGUGUCAUGGUAGACAAGAGGGCCCAGGACAUGAGUGAUGCAAUUGCUUAGAGACUUGCUGCUGCAUCGCAGCCGCCGACCGAUGGGGGUUCUUCUAGCACAGCGGAAGUCGACGAGACCCAGCUGUUUCUAGAUAUCGAGGGCGUCAACAAGAAGCGUCGUGUCUACGGGUUGGGUUCAGCGACUAGUGCGUACGUGGAUACGACGACGUCUAGUAGGGCGAGGACCAGGUCCACACAGUCACAGCGAACUGAGGAGGAGAUCGAGCGGCGUGUGCGGGCGGGGAUCCAGGACGGACUGCGUCAGAUUACCACUGAGGUGGAGGAUCUCCGUGCGCAACAGCCGAGAGCCAAUGAGAGGAUGGCCGAGAUUAUUCAGGCUGAGAUGGCGAAGAUGAUGCAGACUCUUCCUCCGCAGUAUCGCCCACCCCCACCCCCAGGUCCUUCAGACGAU